AGCGGUCACCAUCAGGUGGGGAUUUCGGUUUAUAUAACCGACCUCUGUCGAUACACUUUAGUUCCAUUCUUUCUGCUGUGUUUGUGUUAUAUUUUCGCCAACAAUGAAGAGUAUUCUAUUGAUUUGCGCAAUUGGCUUGCUGGCAUUCGCAUCGGCGUCGCCAGCAAAGGGCUCCACGAAAGCCGCGUUGAAAGCCAAACCAUGCUUGAAACCCUGCCCGGAGUCAUACAUCCCCGUUUGCGGAGGUGAUGAUGUUGCCAAGCCCAUCACUUUCGGCAACGAAUGCGUCCUGACUAAUUACAAUUGUGAGCAGGACAAGCAAUUCAAAAUUCUUUCCCAGGGCGAAUGCCCCGGCGGUGCAAGCGUUCGCCUGUCGUAAUAUCACAACUAAUUAAUAUUAAGGAUUAAAUGAAGAGUUAAUGUUAGUCGUCUGAGCACAAGUCCAAAUCAUCUACUUUUUUAUAACCUGCAAACAAUAAAAGGCAUUAAAUUUAAGUACAAA